AUGGGUGAUGCACCAAUUGUUGCUCCUCAAAUAGAUUUCAGCAGUCCACUCUAUUUGCAUCCUUCUGAGAAUGCAGGUUCAACAUUAUUACCAGUUGUUUUUUAUGGAACUGGGUACAGAUCAUGGAGACGAGUUGUUCUCAGGGUCCUAUCUGUUAAGAGUAAGACUGGUUUCAUCACUGAGAAAGUUGUUAAGCCAACUUCUACAGAUCCUUCCUUCUCGCAAUGGGAGAGGUGCGACGAUAUGGUGACUUUAUGGAUUCUCAAUUCCCUCUCACCUGAUUUGCGCGACAGUUUACAGUAUGUUAACAAUGCCAUGGAACUUUGGAAUGAAUUAGAAGAGAGAUAUGACCAGACUAAUGGUUGUAAACUCUAUCAGUUACAAAAGGAGAUCAAUGAUCUUGUGCAAGGAACUUUGGAUAUCACUGGUUAUUACACGAAGAUGAAGAAACUGUGGGAGGAGAUGAACACUCUUGACUUUCACUCCCAGUGUACUUGUGUAUGUGUCUGUGGUGGUAAGGCCAAAAUACAUCAAGCUGAACAGGAUAGGAGACUUGUACAUUUUCUGAUGGGUUUGAAUGAGAUGUACACUAUUGUGAGAGGAAGCAUUCUCAUGAUGCCUGCAUUACCUAGCAUGACACAAGCUUUUGCUAUAUUGUUACAGGAGGAAAGACAAAGGGAAGUUAGGCCUCAUAAUCACACUACUUUGGAAUCCACUUCCCUAAAUGCCUCUAUUUCACCUAAUGUUGCUACAAGAUCCAGAGUUUUCAGGACCAACUAUGCAUCCUCAAGAGGAGGUACUAAUAGUCCAAAUCCCAACACCAACACCAACACUGUCUUCAGAGGUAAUUCUAGCACUGGUAAUAGAUCAAAUCUGUUUUGUGACUUCUGCAAACGUACCGGUCAUACCAAGGAUAGGUGCUACAAACUUCAUGGUUAUCCAUCCAAUUCUAGACCUCCUAAGGGAAGAAGCUCAGGUUCUGCAGCAAAUACAUAUAGUUCUGAAGAGGACAAGAAUCACAAUGAGGAGUCUGAUGAAUCAAAGAGACAAAUGCCAUUGAAUCUGUCCAAAGGUCAAUAUGAGCAAUUGCUUAACCUCCUGGGAUCUCUGCAAGCUGGAAAUGGGACUGAUGGCUCAGGAAAUAUGCUUAGUGAAGCUGUGAACCUCGCAGGGCCCUUCUCUGAAGAGCCCUCUGGCACUUGGUAG